AUGCAGCCGCUCUAUUUCCUCCCAGCCCUGGCCGCCGCUGCCGCCGCCGCCGCCGCCACCCAAACACUGCCGAGCCCCGCAAUAUGUGAGGACACCAUCGACGGCUCGCCGCCGUUCAGCUCCAACGACACGCCGUGUCUGCUGCGCUGCAGCGACCCCGUCGCCGCGCCGACAGGCACCCUGCUCCCCGGCAUGGUCAACGUGACCAACAUCCCCUACUGCCAGCUGAACUGCGUGCGGCGCGACGCCUCGCCCGCCCAGUCGGCCCUCGCGCCGGACUGCCUCGGCCGCUGCCAGGCCCGCAACCAGGGCACGCCCGAGAACGCCGGCUGGUGCAUGUACUGGUGCGUCGCGGGCUACGGCGACCUCGUCGCGGCCACGGCGUGCGUCCCCUCGCUGGAGUACGGGGAGCCCGUGACCUCGUACGACGGGCCGAGGGCUAUCACUUACCGGCCUUUCACGCAAGCGAGUGAGUGGCGGAGCUGGUACGAGACACAGACGUUGAUGUCAAGGACGGGCAACUUUGCGACUAAUUACGGCCCCUCGAGCACGAGUAUUAGUUCCUCGACUAGCAGCGGGGGUCGCACUACUCUGACAACUAGUUCGUCAACGUCGGUGAUGAUCACCCAACCCCCCGGGACCACUGAUAGAGUGACUCCAAGUGGGUCUCUGGAGACGAGUGCUGCUGCUGGUGCCGCUCCUACGUCUUCGACUACCAGUGACGGGGCCGCAAUCAUGGCUAAUCGAGACGUGGAAAGGCUUGUUUCGUUCGCUUGUCUAAUUGCUUUACUGGCGGCGAUUAGGUAG